AAAUUGCCAGUUGCUUUUCCAGCUGCCGCUCCCCCAGUUCCUUGGGGCCAAAGCGAGGAAUUACAUAGUUAUUAUGAGGCAACAGGGGGUCCACUCAGAAAGGAAAGACAGAAGAUCGUGUAUUUUCCAACUCGGGUAUUACCCCCGGUUUUAAACAUUAACUGAGGCGGCUGGUUUGGAUUUGUCCAAAAUGUACGCCCCCCCAAAUAACCAGCCUUCUGGUUCCCCCAGAGAUUAGUGUGUUUAACUCUGCGAUCCCAUAUUUAUUCAGAAGUAAGCCCCAUUGAAUUCAACGGGACAUAUUCCCAGCUCUCACUUCCGUCCCUGGAGAGAACCGAAAGGCAACUUCUGGAAGGAGCCUGCCAGCGAGCGUUGUGUGUGAGUCUACAUCACACGAGUCUAUGGCCGGGAGAGUUUGCCAAGCGCCGGAAACUUGGUAGAAAGUUACGAGAAGCCUCCGUCGGCGGGUCUUUUACUCCCUUCCCGACACCGCACGCAAGAGCGAGCGAGAGAGCGAGCGAGCGAGCGAGCUGAGAGUCAGGGGACCAUGUCCGGUUCCUCCAACGUGGCGGCGAUGAAGAAAGUGGUACAGCAGCUGCGCCUUGAGGCCAGCGUGAGCCGCGUGAAGGUUUCACAAGCUGCAGCUGACUUAAAGCAGUUUUGUCUGCAGAACGCACAUCAUGAUCCCCUACUAACAGGAGUUUCUUCAAGUACAAAUCCAUUUAGGCCACAGAAAGUUUGUUCAUUUCUCUAACUUUGUGACCUACAUGGGAUCUUUUAGUGAUCUAACAACUUUUCAUAUCUGUUGAUGGGUCUGGUCAAUAUAGAGUGAAGCAGAGUGACUUGGAACCUGUACAGAAACUUUGCCUUGAAUGUGCCAAUUCAGAGCUAGUAAUACUGCUGUAUUGUCAAACUUCUUAAAAUCUACCUCUCUAAACAAACUUGUAUGCUAGUUGCAAUAAUUUCUGUAUCAUGGUGGAAUCAAUUUUAUAUUCAAAUAGAGUUGAUUUAGUAACUUGUUAGCAUGAAGCUUUACAUAUUAAAUAAUGCUGGAUAUUCUCACAACUUAGCUAGCUUUUUUUAAAUAAGGGCCAAGAGCUUAAUUAACUUGCCCAAAUGCAUUGUUGCCAAAUGCUGUAACAUACAAAUGGUUUAAGAGCCCUACUUCUGUGCAGAACACAGCAUCAUACUGUUUACAGCAACUAUGUAGCACUUGCUUUUCCCACCCUGGUUAUAGCAAGGGUAAUUAGCCUGGUGCCCUUCAAAUGCUGUUGGGCUCUUAACUUUCCAUCAACCCUUGUCAGCAUGGCCAAUUGUUAGAGCUGCUAUGAGGCACCAUACAGUCUACGUUGUGGUUAUAGGAUUGUACAGCUGUAAGGAUAUAUGAAACAUUUGCUUCUGUUUUCAACUAGCCAUUUCAGCGUUAUUUCCAAGCUGGAAAAUGCUUAAGAUUAUUAACCUUGGUUUAAAAGGGGCUAUGGACAAAUCAUAGUUAAAAUUCACCAGUUCUCAGUUAAGACAUGACAAGCUAUGGUUAAUUGAAGAAAGAGCAAAUACUAUUCGUGGUGUGCAUAGCAGCUCAUUAACUGCAAGCUUAAUAUAUUGUAUUCCGAUUUAAUAUUAGCAGACUUAAGGAAAUUUUAAUAUUUUGAUUUAAAUGAGAAGUAUUAAGUUUUUUUAAUGGAGCUUGUUCUUUACUGAAGUUCCUUUACCUGGAAAAGGUAGAACUGUUGGCUAUAGAACCUUUCACUAAGCUAGACAUGGGAAGUGGAAUGUAGUGCUAGUUACUAUUCUCAUCUAUUGUAUUUUCAGAGUUGAACAGACUUGCAUUUCCUCCAGAUCUUCUAGAUUUACAUAUUUCCCUAUGCAUGUACUUGAAUUGUAUAUCUUCACAUUAAUAAAAUCAGUACUGAAUAUAUUGACCAUACAA